AUGAACAGGCCGCCGCCGCAAGGUCGUGGUCAGCCACGGCUAGGUGCAACAUGGUAUCCAGGGGGCCAGGACGAUUUUUACAUGCCAGAAGUCAUAUCCCCUUCUCCUCAAAGGGUCAUGCCUGAAGUACCGGAGAGUAUGCAACACAAUAUCGAUCACCUCGAGCACGAAGCUCGUCACCCUAACCGCGGUCAUUAUGCGUCACCGCAGUACGAACGUGCUCGCUUCCCCGAGCGAAUUUCUUCCUCCGCCGCCAUCAUCCAGGGACCACCUCAAGAGCGGUCGCUCUCCCGGAAUUAUGCUUCAUCGUCAGGCCACGACGCCAGCGCUUAUGAGCAGUCUGCAGUUUAUGAUACCAUAGAUCCUCCCAAUUUCUCACCGUUCCCAGUUCUGCGGGACCCGCCGCCCAAUGUCCCUCCCACAGAUGAACAGAAAGAAGCCAGUCUAGAGAAUGCUCGGGUGCCAGUUCUGUCAUCUAAUGACCCCGAAAUGCAACUUUCCUGGGCUCAGGAUGCUCUAGCUUAUGUUGAGGUUGCAAUGCAGAAUGAGACCCGUCUGUCGUUGAUUCAACCCCCGCGGCCUCAGACACCUCAGGCGGAGCGUCAGUUAAGAGCUGAUGCAAUGAACAUUGUCACCUUUCUGGCCGAUCAGUAUCAUCCCAAAGCCGAAUUUAUCAAGGGCAUGUGGUUGGAGUUUGGCAAAUUUGGUUUCCGUGUGGAUAAGAAGGAGGCGUUCCGGGCUUAUUCUAGGGCUGCGGAGAAGGGCUACGCGAGAGCGGAGUAUAGAAUUGGGAUGCAAUUCGAAAGCUCUGGCGAGCCAGAAAAGGCCAUCAGACAUUAUGAGAAGGGAGUUGCCCUUGCUGAUUCCGCUUCUUACUAUCGUCUAGGUAUGAUGAUCCUUCUUGGUCAACAUGGGCAACGCCAGGACUAUCAGACAGGAUUGGAUUACAUUCAGCUUGCUGCAGAAUCCUGUGAUGAGAAUGCGGCCCAGGGUGCUUACGUUUAUGGUAUGCUUUUGGCGCGGGAGCUGCCCCAGGUGAACGUGCCUGAAAGUUUCCUGCCCCUCGACUUGAAUGCUGCUCGCAUCAAUAUUGAAAAAGCCGCAUAUCAUGGAUUCGCCAAAGCUCAGGUUAAGAUAGGCGCCGCAUAUGAACUCUGCCAGCUCGGCUGCGAUUUCAACCCUGCCCUGUCUCUGCACUACAAUGCAUUAGCCGCCCGUCAAGGUGAACCCGAAGCGGAAAUGGCAAUCAGCAAAUGGUUCCUCUGCGGACACGAAGGGGUCUUUGAGAAGAAUGAUGAAUUGGCGUUCACCUAUGCUCAGCGCGCAGCUCAGAGUGGAUUUCCAACCGCUGAGUUUGCCCUGGGUUACUUUUACGAAGUGGGAAUUUUCGUACCUGUGGAUAUCAAGGAGGCUAGGAGCUGGUAUGCCAAAGCUGCAGCAAGUGGAAACAAGGACGCGACCAAUCGGAUUGACAGCAUUUCCCGGUCCAAGACAUUGUCUAGAAAAGACCACGAGAAGGUUGCUAUUGCACGCAUUAAAUCACGGUACGGCUCUCAUCAGCGAGGAAACUCUCUGGAGCCGACACCGGAGAAUAUCGAAAUGCCCGAUCCUUCGAAGAUGAGUCUUACAGAUAACAAUGGACCAACCGCUGCUCCUUACCCCGACAGACCAGAAUCUCGUGCUCGGCCUCCUUAUCAAGCGAGCUACACGAUGCCCGAUCCACGGCCAAGCUCCGCUUUUGGUAUAAACCCCAAUAUUCGCUCCAAUGCUCCAGGUUACAACCGAGCCGCUUCUUACGGUCCAGGGCCAAUGGGCCGUCACCCUCCCCCUGGUCCUGGAAUGUCACCAAUGGCUGGCCCAACUAGUCCAGCAGGCAUGUCUAGCCCUUCAGGGACACCUAGGCUAGAUAUUGGCUACACAGCACCCCUUGAACCCCAUGGCGCUGAUCCUCGAAGACGUCCGCAGCGCCUCGAUAACGGACACCCAGACCGGAAGCCCGUGCGAACACCUGUUUCCGCUCACCCGCCGGGUGGUCCAAUGGGUUCUCCCAGGCCAUCUGGCUCUCCUUCUACGGCCACAUUUCCCCCACGUGCCGAAUCCAUACCACCUCCAUCGAGAGGAUCAACAUCGUCGACGCCUAAGCCCGUGACAUCUCCAUCGAGCACAACAAGCCAGAAGCCUGCGUCGCAGUCGAGUAAGGCUAGCGGCCAGGGCCUACCGGGUAAGGGUCCUAAGACCUUUGAGGAAAUGGGAGUUCCGACUGUUCAAAAAGAUAACGAUUGCGUACGUUUGAUCCCAAUACUUAUGUUCAUCAUUUUUACCAAGAAACUGACCGGGUUUUAG